GUAAAAUUCUUCAAGUGAACAAUACAUUUAAGAGCAACGGGGAUUGGGCAUAUAAUCUGUCUAACACAAGAAUACAGGAUCAUCUUGAUUGACAGAUGGACCGGUCCAGCCCGGCAGCAGUAAUUGGAAACAACAGUCUGGAAAACUGGAAAGUGAUUGGUGCAGGAGGGUUUGGACAAGUCCACAAAGCCAGACAUGUGACCUGGGGAUAUGAUGUGGCCAUCAAGUUGCUAAAAUCUGAUGAUGGCUCUAGCGCUUCCCUGCAUAAUGAGGCAGAAAUGAUGAGCAAGGGUGCAAGCCUCCAUGUGAUAAGGAUUCUUGGAGUGUACAAGGAUUGUCCCCCCACUUGUGGCCCUUACAUUCAGCUGGGUCUUGUGAUGGAGUUCAUGGAGAGGGGGACACUGGAAUCCCUUCUGGACACACUCUCUCUCCAUCCACCUUGGCCCCACCCCCUUGCCUAUCGCUUGGCCCACCAGAUCGCUCUGGGGAUGAACUUCCUCCAUUGCCUCAUCCCACCCCUUCUGCAUCAAGACCUAAAGCCCAAUAAUGUGCUGCUGGAUGACUACCUUAAUGCCAAGGUUGCAGAUUUUGGCCUGGCCAAGGUGUCCCACAGUGUUUACAAGAUGAGCAAAGAGUUCCCUGGGAAGGCUGGGGGGACAUCUAGUUACAUGCCCCCUGAGGCUUUGGAAAAUGUGUCAUACAAACCCAUUCGUGCCUUUGACAUCUACAGCUAUGGUAUACUUUUGUGGUCCAUCAUCACUGGUCAGUCGAAGCCAUAUCCUAAUGUACAUGCCGGAGACUCCAGCAGGUUCUGUUUUCUCAUCAAAGACAGAGGACAGAGGCCUACCCUGGAGGAUGUGGACAAAGAGCAGGUCGAGGGGCUAGGGGACCUGGUGGAGCUCAUGGAGAAGUGCUGGGACCAUGAGCCCUCUAAGAGACCCCCCUUCAAGAAAUGCUUACUUGUGACAGAAAGAGGGUUUGAAAGGCACAAGAAGGGGAUAUGCAAUGCUGUCCAUCAAGUACUUACAAAACUGGACUCGGGAAGUGAGGAGGGAAGUAAAACAUCAGGUGUUGGCGCCCUCCAUGUAUCUGCAAGUUCAAAGCCAUCUGCAUGUCCAAAAGACAAGGUGAAUAUCUCUGCUGAUGUGAAGACUGGUUCACUCCCUCCAACACAGGAUGUGGCUGAUGGCUUGUCCUCAAAACUAAUCGACAAAGGUGCACAAUUUGUGGAUGAUAACAUGGAAAAACUUGUUCAAAGGAUUACCAUGGUGAUGCCAAUAGCAGAUGGCCUAUACCAGAAGAAAAUUAUCCAUUAUGAGGAUUACUCUGAAAUCACUGCGGCCCAAACCAGUAUGUCAAAGAUGAGAAAGCUGUAUGUGGCCCUGCAACCAGGAGGAGAGGUGGCUAAAUCAGCCUUUUACCAAAUUCUACUGGAACAACAAUCUCUUCUAGUCAAAGAACUGGGUGGGGUUGGGCAGAAAUGAAGUCAUAACUCGAGCGGCUUCUACAGUCUUGGUCUGGACUCACUUUUUUUCAAAUCUCACACAUUGCCUCAGAAAUAUUGAUCCUUUCACACCACUGUUGUCAAACAACAAUUUGGAAUAAAAUAAAAAUAUUGAAUCACA